AAAAAUGAUCGGAAGACUUUUCAAUUUUCUGACCAUAGCUAUGGCUUUCUAUGUUCUCAGUCCUGAGGGUCGAUUUUUAAAGCGAGAGGGUCAGGAAUACACUAACACAAGUUUUGAACUCACGGACUCGCGGUGUAUGAGACUGUAUUCGUGCCCUAAGACACCACCGGAAGUUGUUUUCUUUGGAGACAGAGAAAAGGGUGAAGCUACCUUAAGAGGGAACUAUUUCACAGAAGUCUGUAGGUAUCUGAGGGAACUAAUUCAAUGUGGAAAAGACCUUAACAUUAAGGCUCUCCCAGAAUGCAAUGACGAAAGAAAUCUUCUUCUUAUAAUUGCUGCCAGGGAAACAAGCAUGUGUAAAAAUCCUAUAUUUCCUCUUCUUCAAGGGCUGCAACAGUGUAUGAAUAGCAGAUACCUGCAGCUCGAUAGAUACAGAAAAGAAGUCAUAGCGUUAAUGGAAUCAACACGUCAACAUCCUGCAAAUAAUGAAAUGUCAAAAAAUCUUUUCUGUCGAUCAUACAGCCAGCUCUUGGAUAAAACAUUACAACAGUUGAAAAGUUGCAAUGAGAUUGAAUUUCAAUGGACAUCGCAAAAUACAGAAACAUUUAGACAUCGUUUCUAUCCAGCAAUUAUUGGGGAGGAGAUGAAUUUUCAAUGUCCUGAUCCUGCAGAAAUUUAAAAACUGUUAAAAA